AUGCCUCGUAUCCUUUGCCUUCAUGGGCACGGAACUAGUGCCUCGAUCUUCAAAUCCCAAACAGCCGCGUUUCGGUCCAAGCUUGAUGAUAGCUAUAACUUCGACUUCAUCGACGCUCCAUUCACUAGCCAGGGUGCGCCUGGCAUAACCACCAUCUACAAGACUCAAACAUACACAUGGUGGCCCCAAGGCACGCCGGAGUCAAUCCGCUUCGCCCACAAAUGGGUAGCUGACUAUGCGCGCGAAAAUGGUCCCUACGAUGCAUUUUGCUGCUUUUCUCAGGGAUGUUCGCUCACUGCGACCAUGGCACUAUACCAUGCCAUGAACAACAAUAAGCCCGACAUGGAAUCGCUCCCCUUCCGCGCAGCCAUCUUUAUAUGCGGCGGCGUUCCCUUCCCAGCCCUCGAAGAUAUGGGUCUAGAGAUUUCGCCGUAUGCGCAUGAAGUCAACCAGUACACUGGCGCAUUGUUGAAUGAAGCGGCUGGGCGGUUGGCAAUGCUAGCUCAAAACUUGUAUCUGAUCAAUCGGGGUUCGGGACUGUGGGAAUACGCUGCAGAUCGCAAUGUGCAUAACCCUGAGCUGAGGCCCAAGCGUAGCGACGUCUUUGGUCUUGAUUUCACAAAGUUUCCUGAGAACGCAAGAAUCAAGAUACCUACUGUGAAUAUAUAUGGUUCAAAGGAUCCGAGAUGGCCGGCUGGCAUCCAGUUGGCGGAAUUCUGUGAUGAUACAGUGGAGUUUGAUCAUGGCGGCGGGCAUGACAUCCCUCGCUCCACGGAGGUCUCGAACAAGAUUGCCGAUAUGGUUAGACAGGUUAUAGAGAGAGCCCAAAUUCCAAGUACAAAAGUCACAGAGGGCGAUAUGGUAUUGAAGGAGGUAUCGGAUUUGAAGGUUGAAUAUGCCACCAUCAGCGUAAACGAGCUAUAG